AUUGUUGAGCCGAUGAUGACGAAAUCUCACGGAUCAACCUUUGAAUUCGAUUGAUUCAAGUAGUCAAAUUAUUUGCAGAUCGAUCAGAACAAUGGCACUAAGCUCACUCGACGAAUUCGUAAUCCUCGUUGUGAAGAAUCCAUGCCUUCAAGAAGACGCGUCUUCUUCUCCGAGCCAAGUGAUUUCAAUCUCAGCUUCUGAGAUUGUAUCCUGGGAUUUGUCAGAGAUACUCACUUACGGAAGUGUAAAAGUUCGAGCUCAUCGAACUAGACUCAUUGAGGAAUCUUCGUAUUUCCAUGGCCUUCUAAGCGGAAGCUUCAGUGAAUCAGGCCUUGAUCAUAUCUCUGUCGAAUGGAACCUAGAGGCAUUCUUGAAUCUUCUGAUGUGUUUGUAUGGUUGCGCCAUUGAUAUUACAUCAAGUAGUUUCGUACCUCUGUUUGAGGUUAGCUUUUUUUUGGUUGCACUCUAUUUUGGAGUGGAGAGGCUUCUCUCUAUAUGCAAAACCUGGCUUUCAGAUUCAGUGUUGGCAUCAUCUAAUGACCCUGCAUCACCUAAACUGGAUUUGUCUGACCUUAUUCAGAUGUGGAGUUUUGGUCUCGAGCAUGCUGGAGAAUUUGUGCCAGAUCUCUGUGCGGCCUAUCUUGCAAAGAAUUUUAUGUUGGUAAAAUCUGACAAGUGUUUUGGAAGUGUUCCAUAUGAGUUGUUGAUCUGUUGCAUUAAACAUCCUCACCUGACUGUACACAGUGAGAUGCAUCUUGUUGAUGCACUUCUUGUUUGGCUUGAUGCCGACAGAAGGAUGUCUGGCUUUUCUGAGAGUAGGCAGGAUAACACAACAAACUUGAUGGAACAGGUCCGUUUUAGUCUUUUACCACUGUGGUUUAUUGCAGGAAGAAGUAACUCUCAAGGGUUCUCAAAGUUUGUUGAUCAAAGCAUGGAAUUGGUGAUUAAACUAAUAAAAAUGCCAUCCACAUACGUAGUUGAUAGUCUUACAGAUGGCCCUCCUGCUGAUCUCAGAGUUCGCCUGACUGAAUACACUGAGAUAUUGGACCUCUCAGGAUGCCUGCAAGUAAAUGAAGCCAGUCUGCUAUUGUCAGUACUUCCUGACUCGUAUUUCACAAAUCUCAUGUGGAAAAAGAGUUUGACAAGUAUCCUAAAGAACCCUGAAGACAAUGAAAGAAAUCGAGAACAUCUAUCUUAUAGAACUUUACCAAUUUUGUCUUUCGAAUCAGUGAAAGGGAUUGAUAUUUCCAAGUGUCAGAGGCUCAACUAUAAAUUUGUGAUCAAGUGCUUCUCUAAGUCCUUCCCAUCAUUAAGAAAACUGAAAGCUGCUUAUCUCUUAAACAUCAAGGUGUCCACAAUGCUUGAACUUCUCCAGAAUUUUUGCCAGCUCACUGAUGUUGAUUUAACAGUUGAUAUCGCUCCAAUAAUACCGGUUCAAGCAUCGUUGUUUUAUUCUGGCAGAGGUCAUUUUUCGCUCUCCAAUAUCACAAGACUAACGCUGGAGGGUAGAAGUGAUAUAUGUGAUAUGAAACUACAGAGCAUCUCUCGAGGAUGUGAUUCUUUAUGUUACCUGAACAUAAAAGGGUGUGCACUACUCUCAGAUGAAUGUAUAGCUUAUGUUAUACAGAGGUGUAAAUAUUUAUGCUCUCUCAUAGUUUGCUAUACAUCUUUUUCGGAGAAUUCGGUUUUGGCACUAUGCGCCAGUAUUUCUAUGAUCAAUGAGCAUAUGGAUUCAUAUUCAUUAGCAUCCAAGCUUCAGAUGCUGCACAUGACUAAAUGCGAGGGAAUUAGUGAGACAUCGCUUCUAAACUUGAUAUGUCAGACACGGAAAAUGAAGAGUCUUUGCUUAAAGGAUACAAAAGUUUCAGACAGUGUGCUAUGUGAAUUCCCCGGCUCUUCCUUGGAAGCACUUGAUAUUUCAAAUACCACGAUAUCUCGGAUGGCUCUUGCUCGUGUAAUUAGCAGAAAUCCUAACCUAAAAAUCCUCAAAGCCAGGGGAUGUAAAAAUCUGCUUCAGUUACAGGUUGAUGGGGGAACUGACUAUUCCUCUCCGUUGUUUUCUACUCAAGAGGUGUUUAAAUGUUUAAGCAAGGGAAGCGGAUUGGAGGAGCUUGAGAUAGGUUGGGGGUUUUCUUAUUUCUCUCUUGAGUGUUUGAGACCUGCAGCUUCGUUCCUACGAGCUAUAAGUGUGGGUUUGGGUGCUUCCUUAGGUGAAGAUGCUUUAAAGCUUCUUGCUUCAUCUUGUCCUUUGCUAGAGUCUACCGUCCUCUAUUUUCAGGAAAUAUCUGAUUCUGCCUUGACACUUAUUUUGACAUCAUUGAAGCACCUGCAAGAGUUAGCUUUGUCCUAUUGUUUCGGUGACAUAUCCAUUAAAAGUUUCAAGUUCUCUAUGCCGAACCUGAGAAAACUAAGGCUUGAGAGGGUAACUCGUUGGAUGACCAAUGAUGAUUUAUUUGUUCUCACACAAAGUUGUCCGAACUUGACCGAGCUUUCAUUAGUAGGAUGUUUACACUUAAAUUCAGAUUGUCAACCUAUCAUCUCAGCUGGAUGGCCGGGAAUGAUUUCUCUUCAUCUAGAGGAAUGUGGAAGUAUAACAGAGAAUGGUGUCGCUUCUCUCUAUGGCUGCAUUGCUCUCGAAGACCUUUUACUUCGCCACAACGGCUCUGGAAUACAGAAAAGCUUCCUUCUUGAUGCUAAUAUGAAGUUUCCAAUGCUUCGGCUGCUAUCUCUGGACAUGUGUGAUGCAAAGGAAGGUAGCUUCGAUGUCCCAGAGUGGCAGGAGAAAGAAGGAGGUGGCUUCCUAAGCAUAGUGAAGAUCAGUAGAUGCAAGUCCGAGAGAUGCGCUCUGGGAAGAGUCUUGGCUCCUGUGCAUAGAGAGACGCUGGUUAUGUUAUGGAAUGGCCAAAACCUCACUAAAACGCUUAUCAAACAAAGACUUUGAUUUACCACUCUACAAAUACUUUAUGCUGUUGUGUGUUAUAGUUGGUUGGUAUAUAAAGCUGAAAGAUUUUUAAUUCCGAAUAAAAAAUCAAGUCCGAUUAGUC